AUUAAUACGUAUUAAUACGUAUUAAUACGUGGGUUAAAGUUUUCGGCCAUACGUAUAUUUCCUUUACCUUCCCUUACAGUAAGUAGUAUGUAACAGAAUUUCUCCUACAGUAAUGUUAAUAUUUCCAGUAUUACUUCCAGUAUUACUUCCGGUAUUACUUCCAGUACAUUAUUUCCCUUACAACCUUAUUUCCCCUACAGUAUUCCCUUACAGUAAUACAUCCUACAGUAGUACUUCUUACAGUAAUGCUUCCUACAUUAAUACUUACUACAGUUUCCUUGCUUCCGUAAGAAUUUUCUCCCAUAGUAAUAAUUUCAAUAUUUCCUUUGUUGUAACAUCCAAUAUUUCCAAUAAUAUUUCCCUUUUAUAGUACAAAAAAGUUUUUUUAUCCGUUAAAAGACAUACGUAUAAAGAAAAUCACACAUGUACCAUUAAUUAGAAACGGGUUAUUUCUUUUUUGGUAUGAACAAAAAAAAAAAAAAA